GGCAUCGGAAGCGUAACAUAUAUAAGAAGAAAGAAAAACUUAUAGAAAGAGAGGCAAAGAUAGGUUUCAUCCACAAUUUCAACGCGUCUUAGAUAACGUUGAUUAUUGAUUCAGCAGCAAUCAUCUCUUCAUUGUAACACAAUCUAGGGUUCCAGGUAUGGGCAGUACUGAGGCUGUUUCAAAACCAGUUAUGCACGACGAAGACGAUGAUGAUAAUAAGCCUCUAGUGUUCAAGAAAAGUUUUGUUAAGGAUGGAGACCAAUCACACAGAAAACCGUUUGAUAUCAAUGGAGAUUCUGAGGAUGGUAGACCUUUGCGUUCCAUAAUAUCCAUGACGCAAGAACAAGAGAUCAAUGGCAACACAACUUUGGAUGAGUCUGAUGAUGAUGAAGCUCCAAUAUCGUCAAGGUUACAAAAGAAGAAGCAUGUCAGUGAAAAGCCAAAGGUUUCUGGCAAGAGACUUGUGGAGAAGGACAGUUAUGAAGAUCAAUCUUCCAUGAAAAAGCACAAGGCAUCCUCUUCAACCGCAAAACAAGAUUCUAUGAAUUUAGGUGAAAAGAGGAAGGCUGUGGUAUCACCUAACGACACUGAUGAUGAAGAUGAUGAUGAUGUUCCAAUUGCCAAGAGAAUCAAGGCAGACUCUUCCUCCAACAAUAAAACCCCACCUACAAAGCCUAAAGUAACAAAACAGAGUUCUACUGCAUCAUCUAAGAAGCUGAAAGUGACAAGAGUAGCUUCUCCUCCGCCCAAGAAAAGGAGCAAAAGAUCCAGAAAAGACUCUGAGUAUGCACAGUGGACUACCUUGGUGCACAAUGGUGUCACUUUUCCACCAACUUAUCAACCUCAUGGGACUAAGAUUUUUUAUAAGGGAAAACCAGUCAGCUUAUCUCCUGAGCAAGAAGAGGUUGCAACGAUGUUUGCUGUGAUGAGAGAGACAGACUAUUAUAACAAACCUAUAUUUAGGAAGAAUUUCUGGAAUGACUGGAGAAAACUACUUGGCAAGAAACAUGUGAUACAGAAGCUAGAUGAUUGUGACUUCACCCCAAUAUAUGAGUGGCAUUUGGAAAAGAAGCAGAAGAAUAAAGAUUCAAAAGAGAAAAAACCGGAGCAGGGAGAGAAGUAUAUGUGGGCUAUUGUAGACGGUGUCAAGGAGAAAAUUGGGAACUCUAUGGUUGAGCCUCCUGGGUUAUUCAGAGGCCGGGGAGAACAUCCUAAGAUGGGAAAGUUCAAAAGGCGUAUACAUCCUCAUGACGUCACGCUAAACAUAGGGAAAGAUGCUCCUAUCCCUGAAUGCCCCAUUCCUGGUGAAAGAUGGAAAGAAAUAAAGCAUGAUAACACAGUCAUAUGGAUAGCAAGCUGGAAUGAUCCUAUUAACCCCAAAAGAGACAAGUAUAUUAAUCUGGGAGAUAGCAGUUCUCAGAAAGGCCAAAGCGACAAGAAGAAGUACGAGAAAGCCAGGAAGCUUAAGGACCACAUAGAAAGUAUAAGAGAAACUUACACCAAGAACUUUACUUCUAAAGAUGUUUCAAAGCGUCAGAUAGCCGUGGCUACCUAUCUCAUUGAUAAAUUGGCACUUAGAGCUGGUAAUGAUAAGGAUGAUGAUGAGGCAGACACUGUUGGUUGUUGUACGUUAAAAGUAGACAAUGUGGAGUGCAUUCAUCCAAAUCAGUUAAAGUUUGACUUCCUUGGUAAAGAUUCAAUCAGAUAUGAGAAUACGGUUGAAGUUGAGUCUCCUGUUUACAAAGCCAUUGGACAGUUCAAGGCUGGUAAAUCAAAUUCAGACGAUCUUUUUGAUGAGAUAGACGCAAGCAAACUAAACGAUCAUCUUAAGGAGCUUAUGCCUGGACUCACAGCUAAAGUAUUCCGUACAUACAAUGCAUCCAUCACCCUGGACAAAACGUUGCGUCGAGAAACCAAAGAUGGUGGUGAUGUCAACCAGAAAAAAGUAGUUUAUGAUCAAGCAAACAAGGAGGUGGCCAUAAUCUGUAAUCACCAGCGUACUGUUUCAAAGUCUCACGGUGCACAAGUUAAGAAACUGAAAGACAAAAUAGAUGAACUCAAGGAGGGUCUUAAACAACUUAGAACCAAUCUCAAGAGGGCUAAAAAGGGAGAAGCUCCAUUAGAGGGUUCAGAUGGAAAGAAAACGAGAAACAUAACUCCAGAAGCGUGGGAGAAGAAGAUAGCUCAACAGAAGAUGAAGGCAGAGAAGAUGGAAAGAGACAUGCAGACAAAGGAGGACUUGAAAACUGUGGCACUUGGCACGUCUAAGAUUAAUUACAUGGAUCCUAGGAUCACAGUUGCGUGGUGCAAACGUAAUGAAGUACCCAUUGAAAAGAUGUUCACCAAAGCUCUUCGGGAGAAAUUUACGUGGGCAAUGGACGUGGAACCUGACUUCAGAUUCUAACAUGCAGUAGCCGCAGCUUAAAGAGUUUCUUAUACUCUACUAGUUUAUAUUCAUUACGAAUCUCUAUGAAAUUGUUGAUUAAGAAUGUUUCUAUAUAACUUAACCAAUAUAAAAAGAUUUGUUACUUGUUUGAUAAGAAAACAUGAUCCAGUUAAUGUUAAA